AUUCGGAACAUCAUCGAAGUAAUCCGUAAUGAAUAUGUGCCGGAAGUAGAAGUAGAUACACCCUAUGAUCUCACUUGAUCAGUCAAUACUCAACACGUCACUACCUAUAUAAAUUGCAAACAAACUAAUUUUAUUUUUGUUUCAUCCUCUUAUUAGUUAAUUAAUUAAAGUGGCGAGUUAGGGUUUAAGUGAGAGGGGCAGAGCAAGAUGGUAGCUGAUGAGCGUGGCGCGAAGAAAUCGAAGGUUGAAGAAGCUUCCGAUCACAUUGACCAACAGCUCCUUGCCUCCAUUGAAAAUCUCCAGGAGCUUCAAGACCAGCUCGAUAAGGUCAAUGAAGAAGCCAGCGACAAGGUUUUAGAGAUUGAGCAGAAAUAUAAUGAAAUAAAGAGACCUGUUUAUGCCAGACGCAGCGAGAUUAUUAAACGUAUUCCUGAUUUUUGGCUGACUGCUUUCCAGAGCCAUCCCGCACUUGGUGAACUUUUAAUUGAGGAAGACCAAAAGGUAUUCAAGUACCUGGAUUCUAUUGAGGUGGAAGACUUUAAAGACGUGAAGUUGGGAUACUCUAUUACCUUUAACUUCAAGGCAAACCCUUACUUUGAAGAUACAAAGCUCACAAAAACCUUUGCGUUUAGUGACGAAGGAACGACAAAGAUAACCGGUACAGCCAUUAGGUGGAAGGAAGGCAUGGAGAUUGCUAAUGGAGAUGCACACGAGAAGAAAGAAAACAAACGGCUACCUGUUGAUGAGAGCUUUUUUACUUGGUUCCGUGAAACUCAACAGAAAGAUACUGUUGAGGGAUUUCAUGACGAGGUUGCUGAGGUGAUUAAAGAAGAACUGUGGCCCAAUCCUCUCAAAUAUUUUAACAAUGAAGCUGAUGAAGAAGAGUCUGAUGGAGAUGAGGAUGACGAUGAGGAAGAUGGCGACGAGGACGACGAUGAUGAAGAAGGUGAUGAGGAGGAUGACAGCUGAAUUCUCAUGAUGUUCAAUACUCUCUUAUUCAGAUGUUCUUAUCAGGGUUCGAGGAAGAUUAAAAUAAUUAUGUAAAGUUUCGGUUCUUGCUAAAUGUCUCAAGAUAAUCCGUAUUCCACUUAAAUCAAACUUUCUAGUAUAAUUAUCAUGUAUAACCCUGAAUUUAGAUAAUUUGUGCCAGAAGACCUAUUGAAUUUAACAGUUAUGGCCAAGUAGCGACCCUCCGAA